AUGUCGGCGAAAAGUGUUAAAGGAACAGAUGGCAAGAAACCAGCUUCAGCUGCUACAAAUCUUGUUGCUGGAGGAGCAGCGGGAAUGAUGGAGGCCCUCGUAUGCCAUCCCUUAGAUACUAUAAAAGUCCGCAUGCAACUCUCUCGACGAGCUCGCGCUCCCGGCGCCCCCAAACGCGGUUUCAUCACCACAGGUGCCGAGAUCAUCAAGCGCGAAACUCCCCUCGGUCUCUACAAAGGACUUGGUGCCGUUAUAACUGGUAUUGUACCGAAGAUGGCUAUAAGAUUUACAAGUUUCGAGGCAUACAAGAGAUUUUUAGCCGACAAGGAGACGGGAAUUGUAUCUGGAAGAGCUACGUUUUUGGCCGGUCUAGCAGCAGGUGUAACCGAAGCCGUCGCCGUCGUAACACCUAUGGAAGUAAUAAAAAUCCGUCUCCAAGCCCAACACCACAGCAUGGCCGAUCCACUCGACAUUCCCAAAUACCGUAAUGCGGCUCAUGCAUUAUACACCGUUGUAAAAGAGGAAGGAAUCGGCGCGUUAUAUCGAGGAAUAUCACUUACUGCUUUACGGCAAGGUUCCAACCAAGCCGUAAACUUCACAGCCUACACGGAAUUCAAAGAAAUCCUCCAAAAAUGGCAACCACAAUACGCAGACUCCCCCAUCCCCUCCUAUCAAACCACCAUCAUCGGUCUCGUAUCCGGCGCCAUGGGUCCCCUCUCCAACGCACCCAUCGACACCAUCAAGACACGUUUACAGAAGACACCAGGCGUGCCCGGAGAAACGGCUUUGAGUAGGAUAAAAUCGAUUGCGGGGGAUAUGUUCCGACAGGAAGGAUUUCAUGCAUUUUACAAGGGGAUUACGCCGCGGAUUAUGCGGGUUGCGCCUGGUCAGGCGGUUACGUUUACCGUUUAUGAGUUUUUGAAGGAGAAGUUGGAAAAUAGUGAUAUGCCGAUGUUUGGAGGGAAGUAUGAGGAGUGA